GGAGCUGAUUCUUCCAAGUGGAUCCAGCGCAUCAGAGCCAGCAAACUCACCAAAACAGUGAGAGGCACCUGGAUGGAGGCUGGAAAAGUGUGUUUUCCUAAGAAAUAUCACAGACAGCCUCAGCAACAGCAUCUGGAGGGAAAGCAGAGGACGAAGCCACCCCCCAUCUCUCUGUACCGGCUUCUCUUCUUUUUGCUGCUCCCAGCUUCCUCAUCCUGCCCCAGUCCUGCCCCCACUCCCACAGAUGAGAGUGGAGAAGUCAUUGAGUGGCUAACACAUUAUGGAUACCUUCCACCAGCUGAUCCUAUUACAGGCCAACUACAGACGUGGGAGGCUGUGUCAAGUGCUCUUCGUGUAAUGCAACGUUUUGCAGGCAUUGCAGAAACCGGGAUUCCAGAUGAUGCCACGCGGAGUCUGAUCCGGAUGCCUCGCUGUUCCUUGCCUGAUAUUAUCCCCAACUUCCCGCCAAAGCUUUCUUUGAAGGAAAGUGCAAGGAAGAAAAGAUGGGAGAGAGGAAAGAGUCGGGGCAGGCGCAGUGCUGGGUCAGCUUGGACUAAAAGAAACAUCUCCUGGAAGGUGAAGAGCUAUCCACAGAGAGCCCGUCUCAGCCGAGAGACUAUGCGAGUGUUGAUGUAUUAUGCCCUAAAGGUUUGGAGUGAAGCCACACCGUUAAACUUUCAUGAGGUUGGCAGCCACACUGCUGACAUCUCUGUGGAGUUCCUCCAGCUGGAUCACCAUGAUGGUUAUCCUUUUGAUGGACCUGGUGGGAUGGUGGCCCAUGCUUUUUUUCCUGGAGACCCCCAGAGGGCUGGCACUGUCCAUUUUGAUGGGGAUGAAGAAUGGACUUUCCGCUCACCAGAUGACUUUGGUACCGAUCUUUUUGCUGUAGCCAUUCAUGAAUUUGGCCACAGCCUUGGCCUAGCACAUUCAUCUUCCAAGCACUCUAUCAUGCGCCCAUAUUACCGAGGACCAGUAGGAGACCCAUUGCAAUAUCAGUUGCAUAUGGAUGAUUAUGUUGAAAUCCAGAAGCUUUAUGGGAGUAGAGUUUUUCAUUCCACAGAGAAACACGAUGUAACCACACCACUCCCAGACCUUCUGUCCUUGCCACAGAAUUUCCCUGCAGUCAGACCAGGAAAAGGAUUUCCUGACCGAUGUACCUCCAACAUCGAUGCUGUCGCUCAGAUCCGAGGAGAAACAUUUUUUUUCAAAGAUGAGUACUUCUGGCGUCUGUCCCAAGGCCGGCACCUCACUUCUCCACAACCAGCUUUGAUCACUCACUUCUGGCGAGGAUUCCCUUCCACUCUCCGCAAAGUGGAUGCUGUUUAUGAGAGACCUGCAGAUCACCGCAUCCUCUUUUUCAGUGGACCUCUCUACUGGGUAUUUAAGGACAAUAGUGUGGAAGAGGGUUACCCUCGCCCUGUCACAGAUUUUGGUCUGCCCCAAGGUGGCAUCAGUGGUGCUUUCUCCUGGCCUUUAGACCAGAAAACCUAUUUCUUCAAGGGAGACCUCCACUGGUGCUAUGAUGAAACCACAGGGCACAUAGAGGAAGACUUCCCCCUCCACAAAGUGUCCUGGGAGCAGUUCUCCUCUUCUGUGGACUCUGUCUUGAGUGAAAGUGAUGGAACACUGUAUGUUUUUAAGGGCCAAGAGUACUGGAAGUUUGACCAGGACACCCUCAAACUCCAGGCAGGAUACCCUCGUCCCAUUGCCACCGACUGGCUGGAUUGCACCGUUGAACCUGCCAGGACGAUGCCUACUAGCCCUUCGUUGGGAGCUGAAGUUCCACCGGACUUCGGAGGGCCACAGCUGGAACUUGAGGGCCGUGUGUGCUUUUGUACUGCUUUCUGUGCCAUUUCUUCCACUUUGCUCAACUCUCUGCCCUUGGCUCUCCUGACACUGCAAGGACUUGCCUAGGAUGGAUGAGGAAUAUUGCCUGGGGAUUGCCCUAUGUACCUUUCUAUGAGCAUCAUUUGAGGCACUGAGAUGGUCACGUUGCACAUCUGUGGCUGGAAAAAAGAGCCAUCCUGAUGAAACUGAAAGUGACAAGCACUUGGGAUGCAGGCUGAGGCUGCCGUCCUUCAAGGCGUGGGGGCCUCACUUUGCUAGAACAGGAGGGCAAAGUGGGUAUCGAAGGCCUGCAUGUGGAGCAGGGCACCUUCAAAUAGCAACUUUUCUGUAAAAUAACAAAGGAGCUGGAAGAAGGACCCUAAAGGAAUCAGAAUGUCCAACCAUAAGACAAAAAAGCUUUAGCAGAGUCUAGGAAAUUGAAAAUAUGGAGCUCUUUUUUUUUUCUUUUUUCUUUUUUUGAGAAGGAACCAAAGACAUCUCUUCCCUGACUGGUCAAUUCUUUUUAUGUUGUAAAAGUUCUCCCUAGGCAAAAGAUGGUCUGGUGGAACUUAUUUAGUCACUUGUUUUGGAAAGGAAACAGUGAGUCCUCCUCCCCCACUAUUUUUUAUUUCCAGCAGGAGCAGGUGAUAGUUGCUGCUUUUGAUGUUGGCCCCAUCAGCCCAGCUGUGGAAUGAUACAGUCUUGCUUGUCAGAGCCUGUCAAGCUAAUCAACAAAGUUUCACUGUGGCCUACAACUAG